AUGAAUUACCAGCUGAAGUUGGUUUUAUUCGCCUCACUGUUGGUACUCGCUAGUAGCGUAGAUUUUUCCGGUGAGACCAAUAAUGAUUACGGCGAAAUUGUUGCAAAAUUGAUAUUCGAAUUUAUCACCUCGUAUAAGCGCUUAAAAUUUGGUGUCGUGUUCACGUGUUCGCUGGCCAAUUCAGAACGAUACUUAACAUUUUACGAUGUUAUCAAGGGUCUAAUGAAUGAUGGUAACAUAACAGUUAGAGCCAUUAACGUUGAUGGUAAUGGAAGUGAUGAGGGGGACGACGAAGGUGUUUUGUAUGCUUCUCGCAUGUUGGAGGUUGUCGGUCAUCAACAGUUUGUAUUGCUCAGUUUGGAAUGUCGAAAUGCAGAUGAAGUACUGCGACAGGCCUCGCGAUACGAGCUCUUCAACUCAUCGUUCCAUUGGUUGAUAAUUGAUAAACAAUCGAACAACAACAGCAACAGCAGCAGCCUUUCAACAUCAGCAGCGAGCGUUUUGUUGGCUGCAUCCAAUCCUGAACGAUGGACCCGGAUGUAUCGAUUACGGACAGAACGUAGCUUCCGCUGCCGUGAACCAGUCAACCAGCAAGAUAAUUGCCUUUUGGCGAAUUCAGGGAAAGCCGAUUCUGCAGUUUUAGGACAGGACAGUAACAUAACUUAUGCAUAUUACAACGCCAACGAUAGCGACCGUCGUGACGAUGACGACGAGGAUGAAUUCCAACGUUUCGCCGAACUGAACAUUAGUAUCAAUGCGGAAAUAACUUUCGCGAUUCCAACGACUGCGUCGCGUCAGACAUUCGGGCUUUUUGAUAUCUGGAAUCCCGGGUACAUCAAUGGAGGCCAUCUGAAUGUAACUGCUAUGGGUAAUUACACAGUGAAAAAUUACGGCGGUAAACGAUUGAAUGUGCGUUUUCGCGAGAGAACUGUUGUUCGUCGGAGAAACAUGAAUGGGCUGAAGCUGAAGAUAAUGACCGUUGUAACGCAGAAACCGCGCGAAUCUUUCGAAACGUACCUUUCGACGCCAAAAAAUACACAUAUGGAUUCGGUGCAUCGAUACAAUUUUGGUUUGAUGAGCUAUUUGAAGGAAUUUUACAACUUUAGCUUCAUUAUGAUGCGGACAAAGAGCUGGGGUUAUCUGCGGAACGGGAAGUUUGAUGGGAUGAUUGGUGCACUAUCCAGACGGGAAGUCGAUCUCGGUGGGUCGCCGAUGUUCUUCCGACAGGAGCGCCAUCGGGUAGUGAGCUAUACUACCCGAUCCUUUAAGGAGAGGCCAUGUUUCAUCUUUAGACACCCGAGGAGGCAGAACACGAUGGAAAACCCUUUUCUGCUACCCUUCGAGACCAUAAUCUGGUAUCUGAUGAUGAUUUGUGGUGCAAUUUUGGCGAUGGUUUUGUUCACCAGUUUGCUGUUCGAAGAUUCAGUGCUUGUUCGUGGCGGACGGAGUGCAAGACACGCUGCCAAAUUCGAUGGAUCUCCACCAACCGGGGGUCCUUUGAACAUCGAAGGAGACGACGACGGCGAAACUUAUUAUGGAGACAGUUUUCAUUUCAAUCGCGUUAUCGGAAGGGGAUGGUGGCACCGUCGGCAUCGGGAAGGCACCGAGAAGAAUGUUGUACUUUAUAAUGACGCACAUAGAAAUAACGACGAUGAUUCAUACUGUCAUCUACUUCGCGAGCGUCGCAAAUGGCGAAAAACAUCGAGCCGCCGGAGGCAGCUUCCGCAUCCAACACAGCUUCAGCAGAAACAGCAGCGGGGUGCCCUGCCCGGGAAUGAUGAUGCAACUGCAAACGACGGCACUAAAAACAUCCACAAAACUGGAAAGGCUGGAAAUGCUACUGUGAAUGCGCAAACAGUGCAGCACCACUCCGUUCGUGUCGGUGAUGCUCCGAAACAGGAAAGUCGCGAAAGCAUUUCCACGUGCAGCAAUUAUAGGCCGGAAAAAUUAUCGAAAAGUAUUUUGCUUUUCCUCGGAGGUGUUUGUCAACAAGGACUAUCAGAGAUCCCGCAUCUCCUGUCCAGCAGGUGCAUUUCGUUGUCGAUUCUGAUUUUCGGCUAUUUGAUGUUCCAGUACUAUUCGGCCAGCAUCGUAGGUUCGCUGGUGAUGGCACCACCGAGAACGAUAAAAACACUGCGAAAUUUGAUCGAUAGCCACCUAACGCUUGGCAUUGAGGACAUUCCGUACAGCAGGGAUUAUUUUGUGCGAACGAUGGACGAAGAAUCGCUGGAACUGUUCCGGACGCGAAUAAGCUUCUACAACGCGAAAAGCGGCCAAAACGAGUCCCAUUUUUCAAACGCAGCUGAUGGUCUCCGGCUGGUGAGGGGAGGAGGGUAUGCGUUUCACGUAGCUAUCACGGCCGGCUACAAAAUCAUACGGGAGACUUUUAGCGAGCGGGAGGUUUGUGACCUGGCCGAAAUCGACAUGUUUCCCGUAUCCGCCCAGUGGAUGGUGGCGAUCGUGCAGAAAAAUUCACCCUACAGAGAUGUCAUAACGUACGGAUUACGACGCUUGAAUGAAGCCGGAAUAAUGGACCACCAGAGACGCGUUUGGCAGGAACCGAAGCCGAAAUGUGUGCGGAAAAUAGCGCCAACGGAUUUGAUUGUUGGCAUGAAUAGUGUUUAUUCGGCGUUUAUCUUGCUGCUCGGCGGACUGCUUCUCUCCGUUGGCUUACUGCUGAUUGAGAUACUGCAUCAUAAGCUGGGAUUGGGCCGGAACCGGCAGUGGCAGCUGCGCCCGCGAGUUGGACCGCGACAGGACCCGGAGUUGCGAUUCGGGAAUUUACCGCAGCAGCAAUGGGAUCAUGGCCCGGUUUAUCCCUAUGUAGAUUGA